AUGGCUGAAUCCAAGAUAGCCCAUUUUGGGCUGAUUGUCGAUCCUGAGAGCAGAAAAGCCAUCCUCCAGAAAGCGGACAGCGAGUAUGAAGGAAAGCCGGAGCAAGAGGAGAUCGGCAAACUCAAUGCCUCAAACCAGCAAAUGGCAGUGCUUGGACUGAACACACCAGAUGCCCCCUACACCCAUGAGCAAGAUGGGAAGGGAAAGUACCAGAGAAUGGCGAGGGAGAAAGCAGAACUAAUGCGUUGGGGUGCAAAGAACUUGACCGUGAAGGAGAAGGUGAAAGUCAAAGCAACGCAGGUGGGUCUUCUGGAAGACGGGUCAGCUCUGGUGGCCAAGCUGGAAGGAAACAGUGCCAAGUGCGAAAAGGCUAAGGACCAGGAAAAAGUGAGGGACGUGAUGAGGAAUGGCAUGAAUGCCAGCAAAGGCUUGCACGUCGUCAUACGCAAGCGAAUGAGCGUUUCCAGCUCUGAAGUGGCCAACAAAGUGAGGCUAGGCGAAGUCAAGUACACGAGCCUCAAGGAGCCAGUGGAGAUAGGGGUGGCUUUCAGUGAGAAGUCCGGAAAGACAAUCGAUGAUGUGAACAACGCCAAAGUCCACCAAGAGCCAAAGCCCAAGAAAGAAGCUAAGAAGGAGGACGACGAAAUGACCAGGGUGGGAACUCACACUGUGAAAACGAGUGCAGCGUCCCUGGAAGAGUUUAAAUGGGGAGAUGGAGCGGGGAUCCUGUCAAAGGAGACACCUGGGAUCAUCACACUGGCCACAGAGCAAAUGACCAGGAGAGGCGAGAUCAGAAGCCCUAGCAACCUUAGCGCGCGGGUGAUCAACAGCCUGUGCCCCUUGCCUGGUGUCAACACAGGGAUGAACGAGAGACGCAACUUCGUCCUGGCUGUGGGAGUCGAAAGGUCUGCUGAGUUGAGUCGCCUUGAUGAGGCCCAAGCAGAUCGCAUCCUGCGGAGGGCAGAUGUGGUUGUCGGAAUCACCUACUUGAAUACUGGCACUCAUCACGGCCCGGACAAUCGAGCGUCCUGUAUCCGUGCGAUUCCACAGGCCUCAACGAAAGCGCUGUCGCACGAGCUCAGCGACGCUCUGGCAUACGCCGGUACUGCAGCAACGGCAUCAGCAGGUAUGACCAAGGAGUGGGACCUGCAGUUGGCUCGUUGCUUGCUUAGCAACGACGUCCCGCGUCGUGAAGGAGCUCACGCACAGGAGAAGCAAAUGGCAAAGGAGGUGUAUUCUGUGCUGGCCGACCAGAAAAGCAAGUCAGUAGGGCGAAGCGACGCGCUGCUGAGAAUGAUAGAGGCUCACCGGUCCGACGUCCGCAAGAUCAUGGGGCUGGCUGAUCUGGAAGGGCUCCGUUACCAUACUGUGACCGUGCGCCUCUACGUGGCCGCGGCGGCCAAUGUGCAGGAUGGCACGAUAUCUCUGCGCAGGUGCUGCGCUUCGACAGGAGCUUGUCGGUUGAUUUCAUGA